GCCCACUCUGACAUGCACUGUUCCUCAGCUUCUCCUUAGUCCAGUUAUAGGAACACAGGCAGCUGUGGAAAGAGCAGACUUCCAGCCAUGUAUCUCCAAGUCAGUACUUGCUUUGUGAUGCUUACCUGUUGCUUCUGGUAUGGAGAUGCUCGAAACAGUAACAUACAACUCAAUGUGAACAAUGGAGCCUCAUGGGGUAUUUGGGGUACACAAGAACUCUGUAGGGAAGGAUAUGCAAAGGGAUUCGCCUUGAAGGUAGAGGACUACCAAGGUAGUAUGGCAUGGAAUGAUGAUACAGGCUUGAAUGGCAUCCGUCUUUACUGUGAUAAUGGUCAAACAAUAACAUCAAGUACUGGAAGAUGGGGAACAUGGAGAAACCCUGAAUUUUGCCCUAAAGGGCGCUUGAUGUCCUUCUCAUUGCAAGUGGAACCUUAUCAAGGGAAUAUUAAUGAUGAUACUGCAGCAAACAACAUCAGAUUUGUGUGCAGUGGAGGGUUUGUUCUGACAGGCAAUGCACACAAUUGGGGGACAUUUGGUGCAUGGAGUGAACCCUGCCCUUCUGGUGCCAUAUGUGGGCUAAAUACAAGGGUAGAGCCCCCACAGGGUAGUAAUGAUGAUACAGCACUGAAUAAUGUGGUAUUCAUAUGCUGUGACUGAAACCUAGAUUUUCAACACAUCCAAUUAAUGUCAGCAUGAAGCUUAUUCACCAUUAA